UGUUUGUUUACCAUGGCUACGGGUAAAACGCUCUUUGAGCGAGAUACCAAGAAACCCUUAGGCUUCUUCCCGAAACUCUACGAAACCGUGAUCAAUUCCUUGGGGAAUGAAUACUUGGAACGUAUGGAAAACAUCAAGGAUGAAGAGCCGGCAGAGCUAAUGAAAUUUGUUUAUGGACUGGACUCAUUCAAGCGUACCCUGAAGAUCCAAGAGAGUUAUCCCGAGAAGAACCACCAUGAGAGUAAAAUAAAGCGAGAGUACGGGAAUAAAGCUUACCAAGACAACAAAGACAUUGACGCUCUUUACUUGUUCACUCAAGCUGUCAUCGCUGCUCCUUGUGAUCCUGUUAGUGGCCAAGGGAAGGAUUUGGCCAUCGCCUUGGCCAAUCGGUCGGCGGUCUUGUUCUCCUUGAAGCAGUUCUAUUUGGCCAUGGACGACAUAAAGCUUGCGUUAGAGUCUGGAUACCCUAAGGAGCUUCAAUUUAAGUUAUUGGAACGAAAAUUGAAGAUACUGAUGUUUUACAAGCAAAUGAGGGAUGCUCAAGACACUUGCAAAGCAUUGAUCAAGUCUUUGGACCAUGCCAAAUUGGACCCAAACAAGAAGCUGAAGCUCCAAAGGGAGACCCAACAAACCUUGAACUACUUCAACAAAAUGCCGAGUGUCUACAAUGAUCUCAAAGUGGAAAUGAGACCUAAACCGGACAUUCCCACCAUUAGAGACAGAAACAGCCUCUAUCCAGCCUUGGCUAAUUGCAUCUCGUUCAAAUAUGCACCUGGGCGCGGUCGUUAUGCUGUGGCUACUCGUGAUAUUGACGUGGGACAAUUCAUUUGUGUAGAAAAACCGAUAGUUUCGAGAAUUCUCCCAGAGUACAUGGGAUCCAAUUGCGCUCAUUGCUUCAAGUCGAUGAAAGCCCCACUCCCAUGUCCAGUUUCGACUCAAUUCAUGUUCUGCAGUUAUGAUUGCAGAAAGAAGGCUUUGGAAACUUAUCAUCCCUAUGAGGCUCGAAUUUCCGACUUUUUCUCAGCCUCGGGGAUGAGCAUCAUUUGCUAUUUGAGUUACAGGGCAAUAACCUCCAAACCUUUAAAGUUCUUUUUGGAUAAUAAGGAUAAAUUUCAAGAUCACAAUGAGCAAUCAGGAAUUUCCAAGGACAAGGUUGCCAAAUAUCUUUCCGAUGAUUAUGGUAAUUUGUUCAACCUGGUUACCCAUCACGAUGAAAGAAAGGUUGGCGACAUCUUCCAUCGAGCAAUGUUUGCUGUCAUGUUCUUACGGUGUCUCAAGAAAUUCGGAUAUUUUGGCCAAGAGAGGACUGACAUCAGCCCUGAAAAUGACGAUCUAACUGAGGAUGAGCUUUUCAUGGCUACCCUUCUCAACCAUUUCUUAGAGGUCCUUCAAUUUAAUGCCCAUGAAGUAGCCCAGUUUGAAAUGCUAACUAAGAAUCGAGAGGAAGGAGCCAGUUCCAAUUAUAUUGGUGCGGGAGUGUAUCCAACCUUAGCCAUGUUCAAUCAUUCUUGCGAUCCAAGCAUUGUCCGAUUUUAUGUAGAGGACGUGGUGUGCGUGCAAGCCAUCAAAAAUAUUCGUAAAGGCGAAGAGGUCUGCGAAAAUUACGGACCCAUUUUCUUCCACUCUAAUCGAGAGGAAAGACAGAAGCAACUCAAGACCCAAUAUUGGUUUGAGUGUCAAUGCAUUGCUUGUACCGAGAAUUGGCCAUUAAUGCACGAGAUGACAGAGGAUUAUCUGAACUUCAGAUGUCAGGAUUGCAACGAAAAAGUUGUCUUCAAUACUGCAUCAAAUAAUCCAUUGCUCCGAUGUGUCUGUGGAACACCCAUUCCUAUGUUACAGGUGCUGAAAAAGAUUGGAGAAACGGACAUGAUAAGUGCCAAGGCUAAAGAGGCCAUGGAGAAUGGCGAUUUGGAGACGGCUCAGGAUAUGUAUUGCAACUUUUUAACCACGUUAGAUAAGUUCUUGAUGCCACCAUACCAAGACUACUUCAAAAUCCAGCAAAGCAUCUGGAAAUGCAUUUGGAUGCGCUUUGGCAACCGCAUUGUUCGAUCCAAAUUGAGAAAGCCCGCCAAAGUUGCAGCCACUGAUGACUACGAUACGGUGGAUUAAGGACAAAAGACCUAACAGUGUGUUCCAUAAAAAUAUUCUUAACAAUGAAAUGAAUGACAAAUAUCAAUGGAAUAAGAAGAUAAAGGCGGCUCUUUAGGUGGCAAAUUCACUGAGGCGUUUCAUGGAAUACAGGAGGAUGUGUUUCACAUAAAUAGUCUCUAC